CUGAUUAUUAGCAGGCCCUCCGCCGUCUUGCUUCCUUUUUUCUGCUCCCGGCCGCGGAUGAACGGCAUCAAACACGUCGCACCACGGCUUGCUAUUCAGCUUCUCCUCACCUCACCUCAGCCCACUUGUCGUGCUGCUGCUUUCCCUCCAUCUUACCUCUCUCCCACUCGCCACUCUUCCUCUCCUCCUUUGCCAGCUGCAUUCGUGACUGCUCUUUUGCGCUCGCUUUUCAUUCGUCAUUCUACAACGCUGCGCAGAUCCCCCGCGCCCCGUACCACAAUCCACGGUAUAGCUUGUCUCAGCCCAAACUCAGUCCUUGCUUUCAUUCUUCGACCCGCACCCAAACACUCGACUCUCUGACAAACGGACGCACUCCAGGUCGCUCAGCGUACUACUCUGUUCGACCGUCACAUCGAUCUACUCGCCGCGCCUCUGAACCUUGGACAAAGGGUCAGCCCAGCCAAAAGCAGCACAGGCGCCUACUUGUCUGCGCACACAGCCGCCUCGCCCGUCAUCACCUCCAUCACCCUCUCGCUUGACAUCUU